GAUCGUGUGAAUUUAAUGCAACACUUCCGCUCUACCCUGUGCCUGGCUCUCCCCUGGAGACCCUCCGACCAGAGGCCAAGUGUGCCAUCGAUGUAAAAGUGUCUGUCCACGAGAGCCUGCUGUCUCCAAUACAGUUGUCCGAGGGCAAUCUUCUCAGAGUGACCAUGGAGGCUGCUUAUGCCGUCCCUGAAGCGUUUGUUCCCGUAGGGCCCCAGCAGAACUACAUGGUGGGCUUCCAAGUGCCAGCAGUCGGCGAGAAAGAAUGUCCUUUCAUGUUCAAGAAUGGGAUACUGAAGCUUGGCGGUGAGAGAGAACCAGUACCCCGGCCCAAAAAGUGGCCAGUCGCCAACAUAUUAGCCCCAGGGGCGCAGAACAUCCCAGAUUCCUUAAUUGUUGGUGGUCCUUAUGAAGAGGAGGAUGGAGAGCUGAACACACCCGAGGAAAGGGAUGUCAGGAUUCAGGGAGAAAUCCUAAAAAAACGGAUUGUGUGGGACUUGGAACGGCGCUGUUACCUAGAUCCUGCCGCUGUGUUCUGCUUUCGAAAGCGGAUUGCAGAUUGCCGCUACUGGCCUGUGGAGAUCACCAGAGUGCCCGUGGUAACGUCCACCAAAGGAAAAGGCGGAAAAGGAGAGAAGGGAGGAGCUGGUGGAGGAGCUGGUGGAGGAGAUGAAGAACCCAUCUCCUUUCACGGCGUGGCUUAUGUCAACUUAAUUCCUUUGCUGUACCCUGGCGUGAAGCGGAUCCGGGGAGCAUUCCGGGUUUUAGCCUACCACGACAGUGAGGUGUUCGAACGGACCAAGUGCCUCUUCAGUCUUUUCCGUGACGUUGGCCACCAAGCGGCCCUCAAUAAAUUUGGGCCGGUAGGAAUGUACACCCCGCAUACCAAAGGUAUCCUCGGGAAGAACACAAAGGAUGACAAGACCGUUAAGGAGGUCAUCCUGAGAAAGGCAUCCAAUGUUCUAAAAAAGGACGCGUCCGAUAUCACAAUAGAAGCCGCUGUGUCUGUCUGCCAGAACCUGGAAGGACAGCAAUAUGCAGAAUCUGGAACGUUUCUUGUGAUAGAGUUUGCACUGGACAGAGCUUUGGUGCCCAGGCGUUUGCCAGAGGAACUCGCCAGCCGAGUGAGGGAGAUGAUUCCUCCACGCCCUCAACUCCCUCGAAGGACUACAGGAGCGAAGAAGGCGGUGGAAGAUUACCAUACGCAGAUCACCAGCAUUGCUGGGUCUAUUCUGGAGGAGUACCACGAGCUGUUUGGAAGACAGAUGGCGGCCGGGGUGGCCGUCGACAGCCACACCCUGGAGAACCAGAAAUGCCAGCUUAAUUAUGAGCUGAACAGCUCAGGGAAAUACUUCACCUUUAAGGAGCAACUCAAGCACGCGGUUGUGAAAAUUGUGAGAGAGAAGUACUUGAAAACAUCCGCCUUCAACAAUCUGGACCAACUGCAAGCUUUCCUGAGCGAGUUGUACGUGUACCUGGUGGAUCAGAUGCAUGUUGCUUUGAAUCAGGUGCUGUCCCAGCAGAGCCCAAGUCCUCCUCCUCCCAUCGUCACCAUCUCCCAGCAGCUCUGGCUCUUUGCCCGUGAAGCCCAAGUCAACGGAGACUAUGACACGGCAUCGACUUACUACCAGGAGAGAUUGGCUCGCGACCGUCAGGAUAUCCAGAGCUGGCUGGAUUACGGAGCGUUCUGUCUGCUCACUGAGAACAACCUGAAAGCCCAGGAGUGUUUCCGAGAGGCGGUUGGGCUGGAUCACAAUCACCUGCACAGCGUGCUGCUCUGCGGCAUCAUGGCUGUGAUGCUAGAGAACUACGAAGAGGCCGAGGUCUUCUUUGAAGACGCCACCUGCUUGGACCCCACCAGCAUUCAGGCCUGGACUAUUUUAGGGCUGUUCUAUGAUAUCCAAGAGAAUGACAUUCGGGUGGAGAAUGCAUUUCACGAGGCUACCAAACUCCAGAAGGCUCGCCUGGCCAGGGAGAGACCACCACCCGAGAGUGUGGACGCAGGAGGACGGAGGAUUCUGUCUGCCCACAUGUCAAGGGCUCAGUCUGUCGUCAUUUGCAUGGAGGAGUUGGCUUCUGAAGACGGUGCAGACGCCUCCCUGAAGACCCAGCUGGACUCUCUAGAGCCAGCCAUAACCAUUCGCUUGCCCGAAGAAGAAGUCACGGCCAAGCUAUCCAAACGGUUGUCGCUAACGUCCAGUAGAAUCAAGAUGGGCCCUCAGAAAGAAGCAGCCAAAGCUCCUGCGGUUGCAUUUGAGCCUGAACCUUGCCCUGCGGCCCCUCCUGCCCAACCCACCGCCUCCAUCUUCAUGGAGACAAUAAACUUCUUGAUGGAGGUCAAUGCCAUCCAGUUUGUUCACAGGGCGUUGGCGCAUGAACUGCUCUGCCCACAAGGAGGCCCCAGCUGCGACUACUACCUGGUGCUGGCCCAGACGUACUUGCUCAAGAAUGAAUAUGGCAAGACAGAAGAAUGCCUCGAAAUGGCCGUCCAGAUUGAUUACCUGAAUCCGGAGGUCUGGGCCCAGAAAGGCCAUCUCUGCUACCUGACUGGGAACUUCAGCGAAGCCAAGGCCUGCUACGAGCGAACCAUCAGCUUUGUGACGGAUGCAAAGGAUAUGCAUUUUGUGUACCUGCGGUUGGGAUCCAUCUACCUGGAAGGGAAGGAGUACGACAAAGCAAAGUACAUCUACCUGAUGGCCAGUAAGAAAUCGCCUUCUUGUCUCACGUGGCUGGGCGUAGGAAUUGCCUGCUACAGGCUCAAAGAGAUGGUGGAGGCGGAAGACGCCCUCUCCGAAGCCAAUGCCCUCAACAACAACAACGCCGAAGUGUGGGCGUAUCUGGCACUAGUCUGCAUGCAGGGUGGAAGACAGCUGGAGUCAGAACAGUCCUAUAAAUAUGCUGUUAAGUUGCAGCUGGAGUUGGUCAACAAGGAGCUGUUGCAGGAGAUCAAAGAGGUCCAGUUAGCUGUUGGCUUCGGCGAUCCUUCUUUCUGAACCCCUCCGA